UUGUACCCGAAAAAUCCUCGCGUUCCUCACUUUUUUGUAGACACUCUUGAUACUAUGUUUUUACUUCAUAGUAAACAUAAUCUAAGUCGUCUCUUUUGGAACCUUAUGACCGGCGCGUGGCCAUAACCCUGAUACUGCUGGUAUCUUAUCGUGUCCUACGUCACUUCUCGGCUGCAAUCGAAAAGGCCAAAAUGCCCAGCUUAUCGAGAGACUUUCGAGUGAAGAACUCCAGACACCCAUGAAAUUUUGGGCCUGGAAUCUGUUUAGUUCCUUUAGCUGACUGACAAAAUUUGAGUGUUUCGUUUUACGGGGUCAUUGACAAUGUUUUAAUUGAAGAUGACGAUGAAGGUUGGCUGGGGAAUAUGAAGUCGCACAAGGCCCGGCUGAAGCAGCGAUUUGGAAAACUAUUGGUGAUGGACAAGCCGUCCAGUGCGGGCAGCAGCAAGAGCAAUCGGAUGAGCCGCAGCCCCCCGUCCCGCCGGAAAGCAGCCACUAGCAGUCGGGGUCCACAGACCAGGGACGAGGAUCCCACCUCAGCCGACACGGCCACCAAGAAUCGCUUCUUCUGGGGCAAUCGCCGGAACUCGACGGGCGGCAAGGACGACAAGGGCCGCUCCAAGAUCGACUUGACGGCGGGCGGGAAGAAGAAGCCCGCGGUCCAAUCACCGAGGCAAUCAGCUUUCACCCAGACGGACAGAAGCCGCUCGCACCGCCACCUGCACACCCAGAACAGGCCGUGCAACUCCCUGGCGGGCACGGCGAUCACCAGCAGGGAGAACGUCCGGCAGAUAUCCGGAACCAGGAACCCGGACGAGCUGACCGCCCGGUGCAGUGCCUCGCACGAGGGCCGCAAGCUGCUGCAGGAGCGGCUGAUGGUGCGGGUGGACGCACUGUUCAACAUGCUCUUCUCCGCCUCGCCGUUCCUGCAGGGCUUCCACGAGCGGCGCAAGUCCACCGACCUGCGCAUGGGCGGCUGGACGCGGAACGCCGCUGGCCAGAACGAGCGCAUCGUCUCGAUGACCGUGGCUCUGCAGGCGAACGUUGGACCCAAGACGGCCAAGGUCACCGAGACGCAGGUGAUGCGCGAGUGCAGCCGACCCGGGCAGCUGUACUCCAUCGACGUGCAGAGCGUCAAUGCCGAGAUCCCCUACGCGGACGCCUUCGUCGUCCUGAUGCACUUCUGCCUGAAGGCCACCGUCGAGGAGUACACGGACGUGCUGGUCUUCGCCCAGGUCAAGUUCCUCAAGUCCGUGUGGGCGGUGGUCAAGGCGUUCAUCGAGAAGAACGCGUACGCCGGUCUCGAGGAGUUCUGCCAGUCCCUCUACAGCGCCCUACUCACCGAGAUCAAGAAGAGGUAGCCCAAGGGCUGGAAUAAACUUAUACAUGGCUGAUGGCAUCUGAUUGUCUUCGAUUGGGGAGGGCAAAAGGAAAACCCACUACUUAAUGCGUUAAUAAAGGAAACAUUUUGAACUCA